AUGGCAGUGGUGAAAACCCCCAGCAGAGAACUAAACAGUGCGGAAGAACCUUUUACUAACAUAUCCACCCUCCUUCUGAAGAGCCUAGUGGAGGAGCCCAAGAAAAGAACAGAAGUACCUAAUCACCUUCUAGAAUCAAAGGUUUAUGCAAAACUUCUGAAAAAUAAGGUCAUACAGGCAAAACCUGGCAUAUUGCAUUUUGGAGGCUAUCAAGUAGACAAACAACACCAACAGAUUCUGAAUCUGGUCAAUAUUUCCAACGGAGACAUACAUGUGCAUAUCUUACCCCCUCAAACCAAAUACUUUCAGAUCAAGUAUGUGAAAAAGGAACACUGUCUUGUCCCCGGCUUGUCCCUCACAAUCACCAUUACAUUUUCUCCAGAUGAGUGGCGAUACUAUUAUGACUGUAUUCGGGUUCACUGUCAGGGAGAUGAGACUCUGCUUAUUCCCAUCCAUGCCUAUCCUGUCGCCAACACACUGGACUUUCCCUCAUUUAUAAAUCUAUCCAACGUUCUCCUUGGUGAAAGCAAAAAACAUGUUCUCCCUUUGCAAUGCAGCUGCCCUGUAGACUUCGAGUUUCAUAUCACUUUGGUUCAAUCUCAUGAAGCCUUCACUAUUGACCCAGUAUCAGGAAUAAUCCCAGCUAAUGGGAAGAUGAACGUGACUGUCAAAUUCACACCAUUUCAGUAUGGGAUUGCACAGAUAAAAAUGCAGCUGUGGAUCUCACAGUUCAACUCUCAGCCAUAUGAAUGUGUCUUCACCGGAACGUGCCAUCCCAACGUGGCUUUACCAUUAGAAGAAUUUGAAAGAUUAAAUGCUCUUUCUAAAAGAGUGGACGUUCCUCCAGAAAAGGCGAUGACACAAAUACAUUUUCAGCGAAUGCCACAAAAACUAAAGCCUCCAAAGAUUAAGGAAAUUGACUAUCAGAACCUGAGAUUCCCGGUAGAUUUAUCGAAUCCAUUUGCUGUCGCAACUGUUUUAAACCAAGAACCAGGAAAAUUGAAGAUUAAAGAAUUAAGAGAAGUCUUGGACCAAGGCCACGAGAUUUCAAAAACAAGACAGAUGAAGGAAGCACUCUUUGAACAGAAAGUCAGACACGACACUUAUGAAGAGAUUGAAAAUCACCUUAAGUGGCAGGUGCACCUUGGUAAAGAUCAUAUGUCUUUUAAAUUUAGAAAAGACCUCACUGAACAACGGCAAAGAGAAAACGCCAAAUAUAAGCUAGAUAGGGGAGAUCCUGUUUUGGAUGAGGAAUUUCAGCGCCUCACGACAGAAGUCAACCACAAACGUGUUGUUCACAACCUAGAAGAAAAAAUCAAGGAAUUCCAUCCUAAUUUUGACCCACUCAUUAAUAAUACUUGGGUCAACAGGUUUAGGGCGCAGAGGCGGUUUCAACAAGCAGCACGCAAGAUCAUGGUUCAUCGAAGAUUACUCAGGAUGCUGACUGCUAUUCAUAAUAUAGACAAAGAGACCAUAAUCAGAAAGCUGAGCCAAGGAAGACAGUCUAUAGUAACAGACAAAAAUGCUUCCAGAUACCUCCUGGGUCAGAUCAGUCAAGAUGAUUACUCCAGCAGGUUCUCUGUGUCACCUAAGGAAGUGCUCCCCUUCGCCUUCCCGUCCUACAGUCCUCCUCAGAGCUCCAAUGAGUUGGCUCCUGAUGGCCUUGGACCAGUUCCAAUUAAAUCUUCAGAAACUCAAAUCAAGCAGAGUUAUUCCUUCCUCAGUCUGCAGGUUCCUCAACAGUACAAAAUUAAAGGGUAUCAGCCAUUCUGUGUCCAGAAAUCAUCAACAAGCUACAAACCUCAAAAGCUUGCUCGAGUUCUGAAGCAAGGGGCAGAGGAUGAGGCCACCAUCAUUACUCUGCCCAAGCAGGACUCUACACCCCAGCUCCCUGGCAAGACCUCGGUCUUGGGCAUGAGACCACCUGACGCCUUAGCCAUGUCUCCAAAUUAUGACCCGCUUUAUAUAUUCAAUCCCAGCCCAGGAUUAUUUGCUGUGAUGCACCCCCUGACCUACGCAGAAACCCUGAUAGAUUACCAUCUGUGCCCUCACCCCAAGUACAAGUUCAUCAAGGAGUCCCACAGGGGGUCCAGCAUUCCUCUCACCCAAAAGCAAUUUCUCCAUCACACGGACAUCAUUCCGGGGAUAAUGCACUGGAAGAAGUUCCAGCCCCUGGCUCUCUCAUCCCUGCCUGAAACCUCGAAGAUAGACACAACACAGAGCUGUGAUUCCUUCAAUUUAGCCAUGCUUCCUAAAAAUGUCCCUGCCCUUCUUGAUGCCCUACCAGAAGAAGACAGAUUGGAAACAGCUGAAUGUGAGCUCUGCGAACAGAAUAUAGAAGUUAUGUUGACUCCAGAAAUGAUUGAAGCAGAAUUCCCUAUCUUGGACCACAAGGACACCAAAAAGGAGAAAGAGGCCAAAGAACAAGCACAGCCAAUGGAGAAGGGAGGAGAAAAGGUGCUGGAGGAGAUGAAGACUCUGCAGGGCAAAGCUCUCAACUCCUACCUGAUUCUAGAAUAAAAAUCUCCAGUGUCCAUUCCUCUUGUUGGCUUUCCGCCAGUC